CACAGUUCACAUAGGAACCAUUUAUUUAACAGGUUGUUGUUACCCGGACGGAAAGGCUGGUGCACAGUAGAACACAAACACUGGGGAAUGAAAGACCGAUUGUGGGAGCACAUUGGAGGGUAGAUUAGGUUCAUUCGAGCGUUGGGAAUCCAUAGAAACACAGACAUGCCUACUUUGGUCUUAAUGGACGUGUCCCUGUCUAUGACACGGCCAGUGUCCCUGGAUGGCAGCGAAGAGUUUCAGAGGAAGAACCUGGCUGUGCACGGACUCAAUAUGCUGUUUGAACACAUGGCCUCAAACUACCGCUUGGAGUUCACAGCACUGAUGGCGUUUUCUUCUCUCUGGGAGCUGCUGGUGUCUUUCACCAGAGAUUACAAUGCAUUACAGGAGGCUCUAAGCAACCUGGAGGAUUAUGACAAGACUUGUAUUGAAUCUGCUCUUCAAGGUGUUAGUAACGUAGUUCAACAGGAGUGGGGCAGUGCCUGUCCGUGUCAGGUGGUGCUGGUUACUGACGGCUCCCUUGGUAUUGGAAAGGGUUCCCUUCGUCACUCCCUCCAAACAAUGAAACAUCGUGGGGAUGAUAAGAAGUUUCCACUUCCUUUCCCUUUUCCUACAAAACUGUACAUCAUGUGUGUGGCCAAUGCAGACGAGUUACAGAUGACUGAUGCCAUGGAUAACCUGGAGGAGCUACUUCACCUCAGUGGGGGCGAUGGACAGAUUUUCACCAUAGAGGGACCACUGUGCAUGAAGGGUGUGCAGGCCAUGUUUGGGAGGCUGAUUGAUUAUGCAUACUCUCCUUUCCAUGCUGUGUUGCACUGUGGAAAUCUAUCCUCAGAUGUUCAGGUGUUCCCUCGACCUGAGCCUGUUGUGGUGGACGAUGAGGUGGAGCCUAUGCCCCGAGCAGUCAGUACAGAUUUGGAAAUUGUGGGCUUUAUUGAAAUUGCUGAUAUUUCCAGUCCACCUGUGAUAUCCAGACACUUGGUACUGCCUAUUGCAGUAAACAAAGAAGUGGAUGAAGUUGGAACAGGAGCCACAGAUGAGCUUGAGGAGGAACCUUCUGCCAGUCAGAUGGCUGGCAAAAAUCCAAAUUUUUGCGUUCUCCUACAUGGCAGUCUGAAGGUUGAGGGCAUGGUGGCACUGGUCCAGCUUGGACCAGAGUGGUACGGCAUGUUGUACUCCCAAGCAGACAGCAAGAAGAAAUCAAACCUAAUGAUGUCUCUGUUUGAUCCUGGCUCAGGGCCUCUGCCUUGGCUGGGCAAUAUUUCACAUUUGGGGCCAAUUUCAGAAGCUGCUGAGAAUCCCUACGGAGAGGAUGACAGUAAAAGUCCUUUUCCUGUGCAGCCACAGGUUAAAAGAAGCUAUGCUCAGAAUGUCACUGUUUGGAUAAAGGCCAGCGGAUUACAGACUGAUGUGCAGAAGAUUCUUAGGAAUGCCAGAAAAUUACCAGAUAAAACUCAGACUUUUUAUAAGGAGCUGAACCGCCUGCGGAAAGCUGCCUUAGCUUUUGGUUUCUCUGAACUCCUGAAGGUCGUGGCUGACCUCCUGGAGAGAGAGUGCACUAUGUUGCCAGACUCUGCCCAUCCAGAUGCAGCCUUUCAGCUCUCCCACGCCGCACAGCAGCUUAAACUAGCUAGCACUGGCGAAUCCCAGCAUGCAGAUUUUGAUCACAACAUUGUUCCCAUGCAUACUGACUUUUCAAGCUGAGGUGUCUGAAAAAUGAACUCAAAUCUAGCUGUGAGUGGACCAAUGGGAAAAACACCAGAGUGGCUGUUUCAGGAACAUUGAAAUUAAUCACACUCUAUGGCACUACUGGAACAUGGCAGAUGAUAUACAUUAUAAAGUGUCUGAAAUGCC